AUGGCCGCCAUCAGACACAUGCCUUUGGGCUACAUGGUAGGCAUCAGCCUCCUUGGCUGUGCGCUGCCGAAGCUGCUUCACUUGUACGAGUCCAGUGGCCAGCCUCUCGAGAUAUUCCUGGCGCUCUUUGCGGCACAGAUUGCCCUGUUCUCCUUCUAUGCCAUCCUCAUCUACCCUUUUUUCCUGUCGCCACUACGCCAUCUGCCGCAGGUUCCAGGCGGUGUGCCAAUCUUUGGCCACGGAGUGGCGUUGAGAAAGUACGGGCCCGGACUUUUGGCGAAGAAAUGGAUUGCGGAGGUCCCCAAUGACGGCCUCAUUCGCAUUCUUUGGCACUUCAACCAAGAAAUGGUGAUUGUCAACUCGCCUCAGGCCUUGUCGGAGAUUCUCGUCACCAAGUGCUAUAGUUUCGAAAAGCCUGAGUUCGCUCGCAAGUUCCUUGCAUUCAUCAUCGGCUGGGGUCUCCUCACUGUAGAGGGGGACGAGCACAAGACGCAGAGACGAGAUAUGCUGCCUGCUUUCUCGUAUCGCCACAUCAAGAACCUCUACCCGACCUUUUGGGCAAAGUCUCGAGAGUCUGUACGAGCCAUUACAGCGACGUGCGAUGAGAAGGGCUUCGCGGAGAUUGACAUUGCGCCGUGGACGGCGAGGUGCGCUUUGGACAUUAUUGGCUUGGCUGGUGUCGGGGUCGACUUUGGCUCCAUUCAGGAUGCGAAAAGUCCGCUUGCGCAGAGCUACGAGCACCUUCAGCCAUCGCCAGCCGACAUGCCUCUGAUUGGCCUUCGCGCGUUCUUGCCCGACUUCAUCAUGGACAACCUGCCGCUGCAGAGAGUCAGGAACGCGGCAAGGGCGUCGCAGCAUAUCCGAGGCGUUUCCCGUGACCUGAUCCGCAAGAAGCGACAAUUGCUGGACAACAACAAAGAGGCUGGAGUCGACAUCCUCACGGUUGCCCUCGGCAGCCGUCUCUUCUCUGAAGAUACCCUUGUUGACCAGAUGAUGACAUUCCUGUCCGCCGGCCACGAGACCACUGCAUCCUCACUGAUCUGGUCCAUCUACUUCAUGGCCAAGUAUCCCGAUAUGCAGGAGCGGCUGCGCAAGGAGGUGCGCGACAAUCUGCCAUCAGCCGACAGCGACGCCGAGAUCACGAGCGCCGUCAUUGACGGAAUGCCCUACCUCAACGCGGUGUGCAGCGAGGUGCUGCGAACCAACAGCCCCGUCGCGCAAUCCAUCCGCGUCGCCAACCACGACAUUACGAUCCAGAACCAGUUCAUUCCGAAAGACACACUCCUGGUGCUUGUGCCGUGGACCACCAAUACAGACCCUAAGCUCUGGGGCCCCGACGCACACGAGUUCAAGCCCGAGCGAUGGCUGACCCCCGAACAAGGAGGAACGAGCGCGACAAAUGCUGGCAGUGGAGGAGCGACCAGCAACUACGCCUUCAUGACCUUCCUCCAUGGGCCGCACAGUUGCAUUGGCGGCGCCUUUGCCAAGUCCGAGCUCGCUUGCCUCUUGGCUGCAUGGAUCGGAAGGUUCUCAUUCGAAUUAAAGGACAAGUCACUGCUGGAUGAGCGGAAUAUCCACAUUAACCCCAGCGUGGUUGCGAAGCCUGAGGGCGGGCUGGAGAUGCUUGUCCGGGUGGUGGAUGGCUGGUGA